GACAGAUUCUCCUGUACACACACAAAUAUUACAUAUUGAACGUAAAUAAACAACAGAAGUAGCAUACAUUUUUGCCGAAGAGUUGAAUAUAUUUUUUUUUUCAAAUGAAACUUCAUAUAUUCAUAGUAAAUGCUCUUUUGUUAUUAGAAAUAUCACAAGCAGCUCCAAUUAGACCAUUUCAGGACGAACUUUCAUUCAGAGAAUCUAUCCAAGCUAAGAACGCGGAUGUAUUUUUCAUGCGGUUUGGUUACAUGAAAAACAUGAAUACAAGAACAAGACAUGUGAACAAAGCUGUCGACAGGAAAGAAGCAAUUAGGAAAUUUCAACAAUUUAACGGAAUGAAUAUCACUGGAGAGUUAGACCAAGAAACCAUAGAAAAAAUAAAACAGCCUCGUUGCGGAGUGGCAGACUUCAACGAGUCUUCUCGAGAUAGACCGUUGCAGUUUAAUGCACCAGGUUAUAAGUGGAGUAAAAGAAGGAUAACAUGGAAGCUAACAGGAUUUACCAAUCAGCUUUCGAACUCGACACAAACAUCAGCUUUCGAGAGUGCGUUAAAGAAAUGGUCCGAUGUGACGCCAUUGAUAUUUGAAAACACAGAUAGCUUUCCAGAUAUAGAAAUUCUAUUUGCCAGGGGUAACCAUGGUGACGGAAUGUAUAACGCUUUUGAUGGUCCAGGAAGAGUUUUAGCGCAUGCUUUUUAUCCAACUGAUGGUGACACCCAUUUUGAUGAAGAUGAAACUUGGACUUUUAGAUCGGGAACGGGAACUGAUCUUGAGGUUGUAGCUGCACAUGAAUUUGGACAUGCAUUAGGACUUGGUCAUUCGCAGAACACUGCUGCUUUGAUGGCGCCAUUUUAUAAAAGAAUGGACCAAGGUUGGCAACUUCACCAGGACGACAUCAAAGGAAUACAAUCACUCUAUGGGGCUCCAGAAGAUCAGCUAUCAGCGCCGUUACCUUCACCAUCGAACACUUCAUCCGGGAUCAAGCUUAACCUAUUUAUAAUAUCAAGUAUAUUAUUACAGCUUUUAUAGUUUACAGAUAUAUUUUGGAAAUGUUAGCUAUGUUUUGACUUUACUUUCAAUGGAUAUGAUGUGAUUAAUGCAGACUGUGCAAUGUAUGCAAAGCAUACUGGUCGAUAUAUAUAUGCGCAGUCAUAACAUUAAACCGAAAAUUUGUACGUGAUGCAACAAAAAGAAAAUCCCGACAAUUAGACAUGAUGAAAGAUGACGAAAGGUGAAACAAGUACUGUUUUCUUAUCUCUCUCAGAAUUAAUGUUAACAUGGUCAAAAUGGAAAAUGAUUCCAGUUCGAAAUUUCACUGAACAGAUCGACUAAAUUAAAAGGUUAAUAAGAAUUUGCCUCAAUCAUACAGCAAUUCCAUGGGAUACAUACAAGACGUUCAUUUGGUAUUCUUCAAGGAAAUUAUGUUUUAAAUUUCGAUUCACACAAGCUGUACCUUUCCUAAAAUAUAUAGGUUGCUUUGAACUAUCCUUUUUUAAUUCACCAUUUGUUUUCAUGUGGGUUUAUAUGCGGGAUGAAAUGGGGCGAAAUAUACCAGAGAAACAGUCUAACUAAUAGAUCGGGAAUAAAUUGACCAUGCCAUUGCUAAAAAAGGAUAAAGACAAACACACAAAUAGUAGAAUACAAGACACAACACAGAAAAGUAAAGACUUAGCAAAACGAACCCAACCAAAACAUUGGGAUUAUAUCGGGUGCUCAGGAAAGGUAUUUUAGGCAAAAAGAACAUUUUCAAUUAAGGCAGAACACUUAUAUGUGGGUAUCAAUUUCAUUAUUAUAAGUAAUUUGAUCUAGAAUGCUAUAAUUCUGUUUUAUUACUCUUUCUAAUAUUUAAAAAAAAAGCAUUCCUGUCAAUAAGAAGUAGUUUUUUUAAUUAAAAAAAGAGACCAAAAUGCAACAUUUUUAUCAAUCUGUUCUCGAAUACACAUUUUGUCAGAGCAUCCAUAUACUUACUAUUCCGCUUCUUAUCGUGGUACUUACUUUAUAAAUAAUCAAGCUAAAAGAAUCUUAACUACAUCAAUACGCAAUCAACGAGAACUAGCUGUUGUUAAUUAAGUAAUGACUUCAAUAUUGUGCGUAUUUUAACUGACACUUAUUGGUUUGCACCCUAUUGAGAAGCAGUUAACUACCAUCAUCGAUUGUUGCUGGCUGGCUGUUACACAACUAUCCUUCAGUCUUUUACAACAUCUGUUUUUUAACAACAUUUUA